AAACAGUGUCCUUCUUACUUCUCCCUAGCAAAUUGGAAAGAAGACUUACACAAAUAUAUUGACCCUGCAGAGAUCCCCGUGUUAUAUGGGGGAACCCUCACGGACCCUGAUGGAAACCCCAAAUGUGAGACCAAGAUAAACCACGGUGGUGAUAUCCCCAAAAAGUACUACGUGCGGGAUCAGCUGAAGCAACAGUAUGAGCAUUCGGUCAUCGUGAACCGGGGCUCUACCCAGCAGCUGGAAUACGAAAUCCUCUUUCCCGGCUGCGUCUUGAGGUGGCAGUUCAUGUCGGACGGGGCCGAUAUAGGCUUUGGUGUCUACCUGAAGACCAAAGUGGGGGCACGCCAGCACGCCGGGGAGAUGACCGAGGUGUACCCCAACCAGCGCUACAACGCCCACCUGGUCCCCGAAGACGGCAGCCUCACCUGCGCGGAUGCCGGCAUCUACGUCCUUCGCUUUGACAAUACCUACAGCUACCUCCACGCCAAGAAGAUCAGCUACACGGUGGAGGUCUUGCUCCCGGAUAAGAAAUCGGAGCAGAAGAUCCAGGAGUUGGAGGAGCUCCAGAUUAACCACGCCUGAUGAAGACGGCGUCCCCAGGGGCCUCUCCGCUGCCCUCCCCGCCCCCCGGGAGUGGCAGGGGUGGGCACCAUCCUCAGAGGUCCUCUCUGGGGGCGAAUUCAUGCUUUGGCAGUCAGUGGGGUGCAGGAGGUUCCAAAGACGCUUGCCUCAAGGCGGCGGGUCACGAAUCGGUUCCUUCCGGCCCUGUGGGCUUACGAAAGGGCACCCGUGCCUCCCCACCGCCCGUCGGUGCGGGACGCAGGAGGGGCAUCGUAGUCAAGCUUGUGCGGGAAUCGGCUGCCUACUCUCUAGUUUAGGGCUACGGGAGAGGAUGGGGCUGCCUUGCCUCUUUGCGGGUGGGUGCUUUGGACCCUGGGGGUAAUCGUGGGAUUGAGGACAGCCCCCCGGUCCUCACAAAGGGGAGGCCAUUGAGACCGAGCGUUGGCUUCCACCGGGGGCCUCCCAGGUCCAAAGACAGUAGGGUUCUCUGUCCUUGGCAGAGGUAUACUGUGCCUGUAUCGGGAGGCUCUGCUUCAAAAGUCACUGAAAGACCCGUCCUAGAUCCAUUUUAAUCCCCUUCCCCGGGAUUAAACUGGGCAAGCUUCUGGUUGGGAAGUAGAAGCAAAAUCUGCCCUUGCUCAGCUUGAAGGCAGCCAACAGCGCUGCACGUUGAUCCUCCUGUUCUGGCGAUGCCAAAGACCACCGUCUCUCAAACCACCCUUGCAAUGUGCAAGCAGAAACUGCGCCAGGAAAUGAGGGGCCUGGGGGUCCCCCACCAUGCUGUGCUGCUCACCGACUGCCUUAAACGGUCACCUCAAUUCCUGCCUGCCUUAGUUCCUUUGCUGCUUCUGGGACUUUGACAGGACUGGCAGCCACCGGCCCCAACAGGACUCUUUGUACAAAAUCCUACCCGAGAUUGACAGACGUAUCUUUGCUGUGGGUCAUUCUGUCCUUUGCACAACGGGACAUUUUCCACCCCACACUCCGGACUUGGGGAGGUCACGGAACAGUUAAGAGGGGAUUCAUCUCCCUUACCUGCUCCCGUCUUUGGAACUUCUCUGCUGGAUAUUUUGAGCGCUUGGCCAGAAGUGGGCACCGGGGCCAGCCGGUGCCCUCACCCAAAGGACACGCAUUUGCUUUUCUUCCAGGUGGGGAGGGGCCACCCAAAAGCCGCUAUGCCCUUUGGUUUCCUCUGCAGCCCUCACAAAUAAUUUUUUUAAUUUUAUUUUUGAAAGAACGUUAAGAGACCAGAAGGAAGAAAGAAGAAAAAAGCAACAGAGGGAUUUACAAACUGUAAAAAUUAGAUAAUGAAUUUACAAAAUGGUAAGCAAAAAAUAAAACAUUCCUCGGGUCUAAUAAUAUUAGGAUGGUACAUCUUUCACUUUUUAAGUUGAUGCUGACAAUGAGUAUUUGUAAUUAAUCUUCCUGUUGAGACUGCCUGGCUACAUUUGGCAGAGUUCAUUAGAAAAUUUUGCACAGGGAUUCAUGAUUCCUUUAAUUCAAGCUGUUUUAUAUCAAGCUGUUUUAUCUAGCCCUUCUGCCCAAGUGAAUUCCCAACCACAUAAAAAUAAUACUGUUGCAAUUCUCAAGACGCAGCACAAAAGGAAAACUGCACAGGAAGGAAGAGGAAAAGCAAGCAAACCCAGGCCUCAAUUCUAUUUUAUCCCAGUCGAGAUUUUUAAACCGGCUUGAAAAGUGGUUUAUCCUGAGAGGUGGUUUUAAAUAAUCUGUGUGCUAUGGUGGGUACAGCCAGCUCCAGAAGACCCAGAAGAGAGAUGGGCAUGUCUUAAACGAUCGGAAUAAAAGGACUAAACUGCAGCCACAGCUGGAGAACAGUGGUGUUUUUGCACAGGCUUCUCCAGGAUUGUUUUUUGCAGAAUGCCCUCCCCCCCGCUAAGCUAUUCUGUAUAACCAUCCCCACAGAGCAAAAAUGAAAAGAAAACGAAAAUGAAACCUAAGAACAAUUUUAAAAAGAGCUGAAUAUAAUUGUAUAAGUGUACUAUAUACAGUAUACGUGGUCUUGAGGAGAAAUACAAGCCAUAUUCGAUAUUUCUCUCCAAAAUGACUACCGUACAGGGAAAGAGAAUGUAAUUAAGAAAAAAAAAUCAAGGGAGCUAAUAAAUGGUGAGCAAAUAGGUCUGAGUUUGUCCUGCACUAUAGAGAAUUUUGGAACUGCUGUCUUAAAUUUUUGGCAGAGUUUUCUCACAUUUUACAUACGAGUCGCUUGUUCUAGGAUGGAAUUUUGAACGUUCACACCAACCUCCGUACUUGGGACCCACAGAACCCCCUUCGCCAUGCUUUCCAUAGGUCUUUCUAACGGCUAUCCCUUCUUUUUUUCAGACCUCCGCUCUUAACCAGUCCCUUCCGUCCAUCCAUCUCUCUCUUCUCUCCUUCCUUCCUUCCUUCCUUCCAC